CGAGCUGAAUCAAACGCAAGAGAAAGACGCGUGCCUUGUACCCUUCAUAGAAACGACUUUUCGGACUUUGACUCCUUGCAAGAUACCUAGUACUUCUUCAACUAGUACCUUCUUCAAACACAUUACAAAGGAAAAACAAUGUGCACCUCUAUGGAGACCGUUUAUUCUGACAUGGAUAGUUCCAGCUGCGACUACUUUACGCACGAUGACGAAGACUCGUGCAGCAGUAUGCAUGCUUCCUCCCCGUCUUCCUCGAUCGGCAAGCCCGCCUCCCCGACCAGCGACAUCCAGAUCUCGAGCGUUACGGAACUGGGUCAGAAGAAGAGACGCAGAGGCAGAGCGAGGAACGAAGCCACUGUGCACGUGGUCAAGAAGAACCGGCGCGUAAAGGCAAACGACCGCGAGAGGAACAGGAUGCACAGCCUGAAUGACGCUUUGGACACCCUCCGGACAGUUCUACCGGCGUUCCCCGACGACACCAAACUAACCAAGAUCGAGACUCUGCGCUUCGCCCACAAUUACAUCUGGGCGCUCUCCGAGACCAUCCGCAUUGCGGAUAUUGAACAGCGCCAGAGCAAGUCACGGGCAGAUGCGCCUCUGCUGCUUCCCAACCUGUGCGUGGUGGACGCACCAAGCCCGGGCAGCGACGCUUGUUCCUGGAGCUCCAGCUCAUCCUCCUCCUCGUCGCCUUCGUAUUGCACUUCCAGCCCCAGCAGUCCAGCCACCCAGGAUGAUUACGGAUGUUUCCAGAAUGAUGUGCUACAAUACGGCUACCAAAGCUUUGUACCGACAGGCAUGUCCUAUUAACUGAACUGUAGUCUUACCACAGACAUUUCUAGACUACGAGAUUCUCACAAUAGACUAAUAGCAGAAAAAUAACUGAAUUCAGUUCAUAUUUCAGUUACUCUGUUGGAAGGGAAAAACGGAAUUAUAUAUUCACUGUCUGCCUUAACUCAUGUCUCUUUGGGCAUGUUUUAUACAGUUUGUAUGUUUUCCUAUUUUUACAUGCUCUAAUUGACUUUCAAAUUGAACAUUAAUUUAAAUCUACAACGUUUUGUACGUUUUUUGUGCUACAUUUUGUAUUCCUCCAAAACCUUGCACUUUUUCCCCACCACAUACGAUGUAGAUGUAGGCUACUAGAAGUCCACUUCACAGAUCUUGAUCCCCACAUUUAGGUAGGCUAUUAGAAGAGUAUUACAAUUAAAAAGAAGGGUACAGAUUUGCUUUUACAGACUGAGGUGAAAAGUCAAUUUUACAAUUUGUAGAGCUAUAAUGCAGAAAAACGAGCGUGGAAAUUCGGUUUCAACGCUCUGACAAUAGAGUGAAAGGCCGUCAAAAGAAAAGGAGCUGGCCUCAUGCAUUAUGUAGAUUGACCCCCUGAAAACUGCAGUCCUGUUCAAUAGAAUCAAUUCCACGAAGAAAAACAUUUCUACAAUGUUUUUUAACUAUUUUAUUUAUUCAAG